CAAACGAAAAAUCAAAGUCAACCUUGCUGGUGUUAAAUGUGGGGAGGCGAAGUAUAAAAGCAAAAGAAUGGACAAGGCGCGGCUGUUUACCACUUUGUGCUUUGUUUUCAUUUCUUGUGGUUGUAGUUCAGCAUGAAGCUUUACGUGCUGCUUUCAGCAGUACUAACUAUAGCUUCUGCACAAUCCAGUGGAUAUGCCAGCGGAAACAAUCGUCCCUACACAACUCCAAUACCAAUUUUGAAGCAAAUUGAUAAGCAUAAUGAAGAUGGAUCCUAUAGUUACGGUUAUGAAAAUGCUGAUGGUACUUACAAAAUAGAAACCAAAUAUCAAACCGGUGAAGUUUUCGGAAAGUACGGAUAUAUUGACGAUACUGGAAAAUUGAGAGAAAUUGAAUAUGGAGCUAGCCAACGUGGUUUUGAACCUGCGGGAACUGACGUCACCGUUGCUCCGCCAACAUUAAGUCAAAAUCCAGACGCCACUUUACGUCCCUUAGGCCCCAACGAAGAAGACGACGGUCAAUACCGUGAAGACCCUGCAGUUUAUUACAACACCGACCCCAAUUAUGUACCAAAAGAACCUGAAACAUACAAUUCUUAUUCUCGUCCUUCAUUUGAAAUGAACUAUACUCCUACCACCUAUACCCAGCCGGCUUAUACACCUCCUGCUCCUAGACCAACUUAUGCGCCUAGCUACGCGCCAGCAUACAAUCCACCAACUCCAGCACCUGUGUACAAUCCACCCCAAUAUAACAGUUAUUAUAAUAAUAGAAUCAAUAAUCCCACUCCUCAAUAUAAUAAUAAUUACAAUAAUUAUGCUCCUCAAAGGUCCUAUUGGAACCCUUCACCACCAUCUCAUCCUGGGUACAAUAUGUUCCAAGGACAUCCUGCUACAAAUAUCGAUAUCUGGUCUGGAAGUUAUACAGUCAAUUAUAGAAGAUAAUGUGAAAGCACAAUGUUGAUUUUUAAUGUAAAUAAAUAAGUUUUAAUAGACGUGAAGAAUAGAUGUAUCUACUUUGUCAGACCAACUGAUAGAUUAUUCUUUAUAGCAAAUUCUCCAAGAAAUAUUGUACUGACUAUUGAAUACAGGAUGGCGUAGGUAUACAAUUUUUUUAUUCAUUUAUGGUUUCAAGUAAUUAGUUUUUAUAAAUUUCAAAAAAUCAUAAUUUUUUUUAUCUACGUCAUCACUUGCCGUAGAAUAAGUUAAUUUUUGCCUUAUUUAUAUGUCGCAACUUAAAUUAUUUGUAAUACAAUAUUGUGAUACAAAAAUAUCAAUAAAAAUAUAUACAAAGUAUUCUGUUUCAA